UACACGGAAGCUUUACCGUGCUACUCUCAAACGAAUUCUCCACUCAGGGGCAUUUAAUAAGACUUUAAUAUGGCCAAAUAAUAGAAAUAUGAUAGUUAUGUCAGAUGACACAAUGGAGAUUGGAAAGCAAACUCGUCUGUCACGUCCACACAGAUUAAGUGAAUCUUCAAAGGUGUAUCGAUGGGCAGACCAAGCUAACAACCUCCUGCAAGGCUUAAAUGAGCAACGACAGCAUGGUCAAAUGUGUGAUGUGGUACUGGUAGCUGAUGACCAGCGGAUUCCUGCACAUCGGGCUCUACUCGCUGUAUCCAGUCCUUACUUCCAGGCCAUGUUCACCCUGGGCAUGCGGGAGGAACACGAGUCUGAAAUAGAGCUAGUAGGAGCCUCCUAUGUUGGCGUUAAAGCCGUAAUAGACUUCCUAUACAGCGGCAAUUUACCUCUCGACGGAGGAAACAUCGAUUACGUCCUGGAAACAGCUCACCUUCUGCAAGUGUGGCAAGCUGUGGAUUUCUGUUGUCAGUAUUUAGAAAAAGAGGUACGUGAAGACAACUACCUGUACCUUCAAGAACUCGCCUUGCUAUACAGUCUAGAUCGGCUGGAUGCCUUCAUAGACAGAUUUAUUUUGAAACAUUUCAGCACACUUUCCAUCACUUCCGAGUUCCUCCAGGAUGUGCGGAUGUUCAAGCUUUGUGCUUACCUUUCCAGCGAACAAGUGCAAUGCCUAAACGAGGAAACUCUUUUUGAGGUUGCCUUUAAGUGGUUGAAACAAAAACCUGAACGUCUUGAAUUCGCCCUUCAGCUCCUUUCCAACAUUCGUUUCGCUCUCAUCCCGUUUUAUUUACUAAAAUAUUAUGUUUUGCCUAACGUACAUUCCCUGCUGCCUCUGGACACAAGCUGCAAGGUGUUAGUUGAGGAAGCAAUAGACUACCACAGGAAGCUCAGCGCUCAGCCUGUAAUGCAGACACAGCGAACAGGCCUUCGUGGAGGUGUGGAGUGUCUGCUGCUGCUGGGAGGAGAAGUGUCCGAGCGUGGAGAAGGUUUGAGUGCUGAGGUUUGCUGGCUGGAUGAAGAAGCAGGGAAGUGGGUUGAGGAGACUAAGAUGCCAGCGCCAAGGAGUCAGCAUUGUGUGGCGGUUUUGGGUGGAUUCAUUUUCACAGCCGGUGGGAGCUGCUCACCGGACAACGGGGGAGAUUCUGCAAGUGACAUGCUGUAUCGGUACGAUCCCCGGAGAUGCCAUUGGAUCAAGGGUGCUCCUAUGAACCAACGGCGUGUGGAUUUCUAUCUAGGAACCAUGGGAGAGUGUCUUAUUGCUGUCGGGGGACGCAAUGAUAGCGGACCUUUGUCUUCUGUCGAAGUGUAUCAUCCUGCUGAUGACCACUGGACCUACGUUGCAGAAUUACCCAAAUUCACAUAUGGUCAUGCAGGCACCAUCCACAAGGGCAUCGUCUACAUUUCAGGGGGUCAUGAUUACCAGAUCGGUCCAUACAGACAUGACAUGCUAAGUUAUGACCCUAAAACUGCAGAUGCAUGGAAUGAGUGCCAGGCCAUGAUCUUGGCACGAGGCUGGCACUCAAUGGCAUCUCUAGAGGACAGAAUUUAUGCCAUUGGGGGUAGUGAUGACCAUGAGGACAGCAUGGAGCGUUUUGAUGUGUUAGAGGUGGAAGCGUUUGACCCGCAGACCAAUCAGUGGACUAUGAUUGCUCCUCUCAGGUAUGCUAGCAGUGAGGCUGGUUUAGCAGUGCUGAAUAGAAAGAUCUAUGUUUUGGGAGGUUAUAGCUGGGAGGCCAUGGACUUUUCACAGGGCACUCAAGUGUUUGAUCCAGACAAGGAACAGUGGACUUUGGGUCCAAAUCUGCCAAAGCAUAUUGCUGGACCUUCGUGUGUGUGUCUUAUAAAACCUGAGCUAAUCGAUAGUAUAGACACUGAGUGAGACAAACAUAGCUCCAAUCAGGAGCAACAUAAGUGAUUGACUGGGUGUCUUCUUCUAAAGAACUAAACUAUUAAAACUUGGGUUGUCAAGACAAAAUCGAUUGGAUGCUUCUCAGAGCCUUUAAAAAAAGGUCAGAAGACAAUACUGUGCUGUCAGGCCUUGAAUAGAAGCAUAAACUAACUUUGUAGGUUUUCUUACAGUUUUUUUUUUUUAAAGAUGUCUUUGAUGUUUGAUUUGCAUUUAAAACAUCGUUUAUUCAAAAAAGAAAUCUGGUUAAAGGAUAUCAGCAGUUUGGAGAGUCAAGAAGCAUAUACAGGCAAAACAAAAUUAAUAUGUGUGGGUUCUGAUGAUACAUUGAGAUAAUAUAAAGUGAAAUGGUCAAGAAACUCAACAAUAUUUACAACAUUACCUGUACACUGCAGCCUUAACAAACAGCCCUGAGCAUGUUCACAGUUCAUGAAACGCUUGAACUGUUUCAGGUAAUAAUCUUCUUUAAAGAGUAAAGAAAACCUUUAGGCGAAGUCUACCUCAGAGAUUUUUUGUUAAAAUACAACUUAAGUGUGCAUGGAAAGCUGUGAGCAGAAGGUUGGGGAGUGGGUGUGGUGGAGCAAAGCAGGGGAGAAAGAGGAGAGGGUAACCGUCAUCUGCCAGUGGCCCAUACUGACUCUGACUCGUGAGGAAAUGCUAAAUUUUUAUAUUUAAAGAAUACUUAUUUUAACAUUUAGACAGACAUUAAGCAGAUUUGAAGGGACAGAAGUGUCCUUGGCCACUUGAGUGUUUGAAAGUUGGGUCUCAGUGUUUGAAUGCCGUGUCAAUUUACUGACUGAUCUGCUGAUAGACGUGGCUUUCAAAUACUCUACUGUCUGCCUGCAUCCCUUGUAAACCUGUGAUCAUUAGAGCCCAUCACUUUAGAGUCAUAUCAAUCAAUCAGCAGUGUUUAAUAAUCCUCUCAGCAGCGCUCAAAAUGCAAGUGGGAAGUGCUGUAAUCAGUACAUAUUUUUAAAUUUAGUACAUGCUCAAAGAGUUUGCCACAUCUGACAACACGGCCCAACCUCCACCAUGACCCAUCAUGAAUGCCUAAUUACUGUCUGUUUGGUCUUGCAACUUGACCAAACAUUUCUUCUCACAGGAUAACAAAACUCAGUCUAAUGUCAUCAUACAGUGUACUCGAGUAUGUCCUAUGCUAAAUCACCAGAAAUGACACGGGCCCAAUAUAAAUUUCAAACACAGAAGAUGAAAAUAUGAGGGAAAGCUGAAAUUUAGCUAGUUAUUCCCUACAAUUAAAGCUAACAGAUGCUAAUGUUGUCUUAAAUGUUCAAGACACACAAAUCUGUGCAUUUAGUCCAGAGGUUCAUGAACCUUUAAUGUUCUAAUGGAAAAUAAGUUCAUCUUUAAUGACCAGAGAAUGAGCAAAUAAUAGCACAUUUAAAUCAGCUAACAAUCCCAUUAACAACAAUACCAGUCAGAUUUUUAAUUAUUAAUUUGUUUUAUUUUUACUUUUAACAGGCAAGGACAAUGAUGAUGUACAAUAUAAUGUUACAAAAGAUUUCUUAUCAAAGUUUAGCUGUCCUAGUUGUCCUGAAAAAAAGUAUCGGUGUUCGCAACAAUAGUAAUUAGUGCAACUGUUUCAGCAUUCAUCAUUGUUUCUUAAGAACCAAAUCAGCAUAUUAAAAAGGUUUCUAUAAAACUCACCACAUUAAUAAAUUACAUUUUAAAAUACAUUUAAAGUAUUAUUUUUACAUUUCUGUUAUUUCAAACAGUAUUUCACUGAUCAUUAACAUUUGAAUGUUAUUGUAUACCUUAAUGCUUAUCGUGUGAAUCUAAUAUGCUGCAUUUUAUAGCAAUGCAUUAAAAUCUCUUCCAGAA